GACACACUCACGAUCUCAUCAAUGAUUUUCCAACAACCACACUUUUUUCUUCUCUGAUCAAAGACGGAUCAUUUAAGUGUUAGGGCCAAUAUGGUUUGGUUGGCAUCCAAACUUAGCCUUGACAAAGGGGAAAUGGGACUAAGAUUGUCUUGUAAAGAAACAAGGGAUUAUAAACCCAAAUUGGCAUUGAGAUAAGAAUUCAUAUUAAUUUUGAAGCAUGAGAUGUACAAACACAAAAGAACAUUACAUGAAUUGUUGAGGAAUUGGUCUGCAAAAGCCUAUCCGAGUAACUGAAUUUGUGGGAAAAAUGUCUGGCACUUACAGCCUACAGCGACAGGCUGCUUUAAAGCCAUUUUGACAAAACAAGGGACAAAAGUGGAUAAAGUAAUGGAGUGUGCGGUCCAUCCUGGACAACAUAAUCUGCUACCAUCUUUUAAAAAUUCAUGAGCUUGAAGAAGUAGAAGGCAAACUACCACUAAUAAUGAUUUAUACGCCAAAAGUGUAAAGUUGCGAUUUCAUGCGAUCUUCAAGAACCCUACCUGGACUCUUUUGAGCUAUUGGUUGUGGAGUAGGGACCAUUUCACAUAAUUAUGGACCUCAUCUUGAUGUAUCCCUGCAUGCUCGAAGAAAUAUUUUGCAGCUCUACGCAAUCUCCAUGCUAAUAAUAUUAAUGGCAACAACAAAAAUAAUAAAAGGGGUUUAGUUUCUUUAACAAGCAAAAAUAUAUACCAGCAUAUGUAUGCAGUAACUGAUGCUCUGCUUUUUCUUUAUGCAGGGAUGGUAUCCUGAUUUAUGUUACCAACAAUUUUAUGGUAAUAGUAGUAGCUUGUAACAUGGAAUAAAGACCAACUACCCUAACUACCACCUUAACUUCCUCCCAUUAUAGGCUUAAUUUAAUUUUUAAUCUAUUAACUAUCACCUUGAUUUCAUUUUAGUCUAGAAACUAUGUUUUAUUUCUAAGUGAUCUAUUAACUUUCAGAUUCAUUUCAAUUUUGU